AUGAAGGGCAACAACACCCUCGCCAACAUCAGUGAAAACAUGAUCAGCAGUCUUGUCUUCGGACUUAUGAACAUCUCUGGCAACAAUGAAUCUACCUUUAACUGCUCACAUAAACCAUCAAAUAAGCAUUUAGAUGCAGUUCCUAUACUCUACUACAUUAUAUUUGUGAUUGGAUUUCUUGUCAAUAUUGUUGUUGUUACUCUCUUUUGCUGUCAAAAGGGUCCUAAAAAAGUUUCCAGCAUUUAUAUCUUCAACCUGGCUGUGGCUGACUUACUCCUUUUGGCUACUCUUCCUCUCUGGGCAACCUAUUAUUCUUACAGAUUUGACUGGCUCUUUGGACCUGUGAUGUGCAAAGUUUCUGGUUCUUUUCUGACCCUGAACAUGUUUGCAAGCAUUUUUUUUAUCACCUGCAUGAGUGUUGAUAGGUACCAAUCAGUCAUCUAUCCCUUUCUAUCUCAAAGAAGAAAUCCCUGGCAAGCAUCUUAUAUUGUUCCCCUUGUUUGGUGUAUGGCCUGUUUGUCCUCAUUACCAACGUUUUAUUUCCAAGACAUCAGAGCCAUUGAAUAUUUGGGAGUGAAUGCUUGCAUUAUGGCUUUCCCACCUGAGAAAUAUGCCCAGUGGUCAGCUGGUAUUGCCUUAAUGAAAAAUAUCCUUGGUUUUAUUAUCCCUUUAAUUUUCAUAGCAACAUGUUAUUUUGGAAUCAAAAAACACUUACUGAAGACCAAUAGCUAUGGGAAGAGCAGAAUAACCCGUGACCAAGUCCUGAAGAUGGCAGCUGCUGUUGUAGUGGCAUUCAUCAUUUGUUGGCUUCCCUUCCAUGCUCUGACCUUCCUGGAUGCUCUAGCCUGGAUGGGUUUCAUUAAUAGCUGCAAAGUUAUAGCAGUCAUUGACCUGGCACCUUUUGCCAUCCUCCUGGGAUUCAUCAACAGCUGCAUUAAUCCCUUUCUGUAUUGUUUUGUUGGAAACCGGUUCCAACAGAAGCUUCGCCGUGUGUGCAGGGUUCCAAUUACUUGGCUUCAAGGCAAGAGACAGAGUGUGUCUUGCCGAAAAAGCAGUUCCCUUGGAGAAAUGGAAGCCAUUGUGUCUUAA